GUCAUUUUAGACAGUGCAAACCCUUUCUUCAGACUUCUUCUCCUGUAACUCUUCUUCGUCUUCACUUCCCAAAUCUCACCGGAGAAGAAGCUUCCGUCGACCGGUUAAGGGUUUUAGAAAGCUAAAGAAGAUGUUGAAGUUUCUAUCAAAAGUAAAAAUUGAGUUCAACACAUUGGAUCCAAGACUUGCGUCUUGUGUUGAGUUCUUGGCUCAAUGCAAUGCAAGGAAAGCCAAAGAGUCGAAUCCGAAUUGUCAGGUUUUGGUGAAACGUAGAACAGAUGAGCAGCCGCCACAGAUCACUGUCACGUUUGUCAAUGGUGUUGAGGAAGCUUUUGAUGCAGCAGCAACCUCGGCUCAGUCAAUUCGAAAGAUGAUUCUUGAUAAAGGUCAGUAUCUUGAGACAGAACAGAUGUUUCGUGAAGCUGGAGAACAGUGGCCUGUGAUUAUCCCUGAUGAAGAGAUUCUCCAAGAGGCUCCUGGUGUUAAGCCAAGAAAAGCAGAAGACAAGAAGUAAUGCUGCAUCAUUGAUAAAUCUUGCUGUAAUCUCGUUGAAUUGACAAAUCUGCAACUCUAUAUGUAUCUCAAGCUUCGCGUUUUUGGUUUCGGGUUUGGACAAAUAGAUUUGUAUUGUUUACUUGUUUAUGUGAAACCAGAAAUGGAUGAACUUUGAUCAGGAACUAUGGCUAAGA